ACCUCCUAUCCAACUUUUAGCAGAAUAGGAUUUCUCAACCAAAUCAGAAUUUUCGUUUUUCUUGCAAUGACGAUGAAGAUGCUAUCUUUAAUAAUUUUCUUCCUCUUGAUCAUCCCUCAAGCAUUUUCCAUAUCCUUCAGCUUCUCUAGUUUCAGCCCAAAUGAUAGAAACAUAUCGUACGAGGGAUCAUCUUACCCGGCACCACCAUCCAUCCAGUUAACAAGAAACCAACAAGACCAAUCCUCGACGGCUAGUGUUGGUCGAGCCACAUAUUACCGACCAAUGCGUUUAUGGGACAAAGCCACUGGGAACCUCACAGACUUCAGAACCCAUUUCACUUUUGUGAUUCGUUCAAAGCAGAAAGUAUAUGGAGAUGGGUUGGCUUUCUUCUUAGCCCCUGCUGGUUCAAAGCUUCCCAAUGUCACAAAAGGAGGUUCUAUGGGUCUGACUCUUGAUGACCAGCCAUUAAAUUCAACAAACAAUCCUUUUGUUGCUGUGGAGUUUGAUAUCUAUAAGAAUUAUUGGGAUCCUCCGAAGGAACAUGUAGGCGUCAAUGUCAAUUCCAUGAGAUCUGUUAAUAACUUGACAUGGUUGGCUGAUAUCAAUGGAGGGAGAACUAAUGAGGUUUUCAUCAGUUACAGCUCAAAUACACAAAAUCUAAGCAUUGUCUUCACUGGCUUUGUUAAUGGUACUAUUGUGCAGCAACAUCUUUAUCAAAUAGUCGAUAUGAGAAAGUAUCUACCUGAAUGGGUUACUUUUGGCUUCUCAGCUGCCACCGGAAGUACUUCAGCAAUACAUAAGAUCAACUCAUGGAGUUUCUUAUCGAAUAAUGAUGAUUUGAAUACUCCAAAUGAGUUCUCAGAAACACCUUUUAACCCAAGCACGAGCCCAAGCCCGAGCCAGAGCCCGAAGAGUAGAAAUAACAGGACAAAACUCGGAGUUGGAUUAGGGGUUGGAGGGUUUAUUUUAAUUUGUGUGUUUAGUUUGGUUUUUGUAGGCUUGAAGAAGAAGAAAAGGAAGAUGGAAGAGGAUGAUCAUGAGUUUGAUGAGCAAAUGCAUGACAGCUUUGGAAGAGGAAUAGGACCAAAGGAGUACUCAUAUGCUGAUCUAGCAAGUGCUACAAAUUAUUUUGAAGAUGCACAGAAAUUAGGACAAGGAGGGUUUGGGGAGGUUUAUAGAGGUUUUCUCAAAGAUUCAAACACCUACAUAGCCAUAAAGAGAAUAUCAGAGAGUUCUAAACAAGGAAUGAAGGAGUUUGCUUCGGAAGUAAGAAUUAUUAGUCAACUACGGCAUCGAAAUUUGGUACAACUACUUGGGUGGUGUCACAAAGGGAAAGAACUAUUGUUGGUUUAUGAGUAUAUGCCAAAUGGAAGUUUAGAUUUUCAUCUCUUCAAGGAUCAAAAUUUGCUAAAAUGGUCGGAAAGAUUCAACAUAGCUCAAGGCUUGGCCUCUGCAUUGUUAUACCUGCAUGAAGGAUGGGAACGAUGUGUUGUUCAUAGAGACAUAAAGUCAAGCAAUAUCAUGCUAGAUUCUAACUUUAAUGCAAAACUUGGAGAUUUUGGGUUAGCAAGACUCGUAGACCACGCAAAAAGUUCACCAACCACAGCUUUGGCAGGAACUAUGGGCUAUAUGGCUCCUGAAUGUCUUUUUAUUGGGAGGGCAAGCAAAGAAUAUGAUAUGUUUAGUUUUGGAAUUGUUGCUUUGGAACUAGCUUGUGGAAGAAAAUGCAUAAACCACAAUGCUCCAGAAAAUGAAAUAAACAUAGUGAAUUGGGUAUGGGAACUAUAUGGAAGUGGGAGAAUUCUUGAAGCAGUCGAUUCAAGACUCCAAGGAGAUUUUGACCAUGAUCAAAUCAAAUGUUUGAUGAUUGUUGGGCUAUGGUGUGCUCAUCCUGAUCAUAAGCAUAGGCCUUCCAUAAGGCAAGCGAUGAAUGUGCUUAACUUUGAAGUUCCAUUUCCUAGUCUUCCAUUAAGCUAUCCAGAACUCACAUAUCAUGAACUUCCUCCAGUGGGAUCAUCAUCUUCAAUUCCAUCCACCACCAAUGCUUCAGAGGUUAGUCAAAACCAGAACUUAACAUUUAGUUCCAACACAAACUCCUCUGGUUUCACUGCAACUUCACUCUGAAUUUGUGGAUGAUGUUCGCUUUCCUAAUGUGUGAAUCACAUAUUUUGGAUGCGAUUUGCAGCAGUUUGGAAAGUAAAAUGUGAGCACUGGACUUGUUUUUCUUAAAUAGAUUUUCAAAUGAAGAUUUUAAGCUAUUACUUGUAAUAUUUGUAAUUCUGGAAGAAGAGAGACUUUGUUAUAGCAUUGUUCAUUGUACUUAUUGCAGUUGAGACAGAGACACAAAUACGGAUCAACGUGUAAUUUUUCAUUUCAAAUA